GUUGAACAGGAGGACUGUGUGUGUGUGUGUGUGUUUUGUGGGGGGGGUUGAGAAAAGAAGACUUGUUGAGAGAAAUUGACACAUAUGCCUGUAGUCUUCACAAGUUCUUCCCGUUUGCACCAAGAUGCCACCAACGGAGUUGAAAAUUUUUAGCGGAAAAUUCAUCUGCGCUUCGCUUCUAAUUCGCGCAAUUUAGUUAACCACUUUUUCAGUGUGCAGGGAGAAAAUAAUCUAAGCAUUCUGUUGGCCCAUGUGCAGAUGAAGCAUGUCUCGUCGGAAACAGAAACGACCCCAGCAGCUCAUGAGACCGCUCCCUGCAGCCUCUCAGAUAUUAGAGCAUGAUGACCAGUUGGCAGUGAAGUCAUUCUCCUUUCCUCUGACCACAGACUCCUCUUCUUCAUCAUCUUCCUCCUCUCCUCAGAGCUACCAGCCACCCCUGGCUCCACGUUCCUACUUUUGGGGGCUUCACACCCCCUCUCUACCCAGCAAGGGCUCCCCCCUCCCCUGCUCCCCCUGCCAACCCACCUCCUGCCCCAUCUCCCUCACAGACCCCCAGUCCUCCCUCUCCCCUGACUUCCCCCACCCCUCCCUCUUCUCCCAGACAGUCCUGCGCCUUCCUGACACCACCUCCACGACGCCCUCCAGUCAGACCCACCCUCCCCGCUCUCUCAUGGCCUCUCCCAAGCUGGGCGUGUCAGCCACCACUACCACCUCCUCAUCCUCUUCCUCAGCCUCCCUCUGCCCCCCACCCCACCCUGGCAGCCCCAGCCCUGUACCUGAAGGCCCUCCCAGCCCUGUGACGCCCUCCCCCAGCCCGGGUGCUGCCUCUGCAGCCCCGCCCUACGCCCACCUGAGCAUUGCGGUGAUCCUGGAUGAACUGCGGGUGCUGCAGCAGAGGCAGAUUCACCAGAUGCAGAUGACGGAGGAGAUCUGUAGGCAGGUGCUGCGGCUGGGCGGGGCCUCCUGUGCCCUGGAGGCGCCCCAGAUCCUCCUGCCUCCUUUGCCCCAGCUCUGUCUGGAGGCCAGUGAGAGGGCCUCCAGUCCUCCCCAGCCUACACCCACCCAGCCUCCCAGCUCUGUAGCCCCUCUGCUGGCCUGCUUCUCCUCCCUGCUCCCUCCCCAGCCUGCCUCCAAGCCCUCCAAGCCCAGCCACCCCCUGUCCCAUGUCCUGCGGCCACACAAGUCCCAGAUGGAGGGCGCAGGAGGGGCUACAGAGUCUUAUGUUUACCCUGGGACCAGUGUCCGCCCUUCCUCCUCCUCUUCUUCCUCUUCUGCCUCCUCUGCCAUCUCUACCAUGGCCUCAUCCAACUACCCCCUGGCCCUCUCCCUGGCCUUGCCCACCCGUUACCUCCAUGAGAAAUCCCCCAACACCACGUCAGCCAGCAGCCAUGGUGGCCUGUCCUUUCUUACCCCGUCCCUGCCCACCACUGCCUCUAUGGCACCCCCCUCCUCUCAGGAGCCCCACCUGUCUGUCUCCUCAGCGGGGUCCUCGACCUCCUCCCUGGGGCGUCUGCAGCAUGCCUGUCGGUUCUGUGGGAAGCUGUUCAGCAGUGACUCGUCCCUGCAGAUCCACCUGCGCUCCCACACGGGCGAGAGGCCAUACCAGUGCCCUGUCUGCCUCAGCCGCUUCACCACCCGCGGCAACCUCAAGGUGCACUUCCUCCGCCACCGCGAGCAGAACCCAGAGCUCUCGCUCUCCCUCCUCCCCCCUUCCCUGUUUGGGCCGGGCAUGGGACCAGCGGGGGGGUCUGAGCCCCAGGGUCAGCCCAUGACCAGCAUUGGUCUGAGCAUCAGCGCAGCGCAGGCUCAGAGACGUCGUAAACGGCGGGCUGAGGAUGACCCGUAUGGAGACGGUAUGGAGGUGGGAGGUGUCGGAGGGGGCUUCUCUCUGGGGGCGUCCACCAGUGCUCCCCCCUCCUCUCUCCCCCUUCCCCCCAGUGUGGACCUGGCCCUCAUCUCCACUGCCCACUCCCUCCUGCGGCUCAACCAAGUCGCCGCUGCAGCCGCUGCUGCAUCCAUAUCCUCUGCUGCUUCCUCACUCACAUCCUCCUCUUCCUCCUCUGCAUCCUCCUCCCUCCUCUCUGUUCCCUCCUCGUCCGCCUCCGCCAUCGCUGGGUUCUUCAAGGGGGUGAAGCAGCAGCGUUUUGAUGAGAACACGCCCCCUCACCCUCCCAUGAUGUCACACUCUGCUUACUCCCAGCUGGCCCACCUCCCUAAACUACUCUUCCCCUCUGGCUCCCCCCACCAUCACCCUGCCCUGGGCCUGCUCCGCCCUCCACCCCCUGCCCCAGGCUCCUCCCACCUCUCCUCCACCCACUCUCAGCUCUCCUUCCCCUUCUCCCACUACCCCAAAGCCUACGCCUCCACCUCCUCCCCCUCCUCCUCUACCCCCACCUCAGACACCUCCAAGCUGCAGCGGCUGGUGGAGAAGCUAGAGAAGGAGCCUCCCACCUCCUCUCCCUGGGCCUCCUCCUCAGGGGAGACCUCCCACAGCAGCAUGGCCUCUGCUGGAUUGUUCAGCAGCGGCCUCAUGGGCGCCAGCACCUCCAGCACUUAUGUGAUGGCAUCCCCAUCGUCCUCCACCCACGCCCCCACCUCCGUCUCCAACUUCACCAGGGAGAUGGUGGCCGCUCUGGGCAUGAGCGCAAACGGGGGCAGCGCUCUGGCAGGCGCCAUGCUCCCCGGCCUUGGCAUCAUGAGCACUGGCUCCCUGGCCCCCAACCAGUGUGGGGUGUGUCUGCGUGUGCUGAGCUGCCCCAGGGCACUGCUUCUGCACCAGGCCACCCACCUGGGUGAGCGCCCCUUCCCCUGUAAACUGUGUGGACGCUCCUUCUCCACCAAGGGCAGCCUGCGGUCCCACCUGGCAACCCACCGUGCCCGCCCGCCCAACUCUCGCGCCCAGAACUCUUGCCCUCUUUGCCAGCGCAAGUUCACAAACGCCCUGGUGCUGCAGCACCACAUCCGCAUGCAUCUGGGAGGGCAGCUGCCACCGGAGGGCGGUCCAGAGUCUCUGUCAGAGGCCUCAGCAGAGCCUGAUGCUAUCUCUGAGAUCCAGGCCCAUUCCCAGCCACAGUCCAAUGACACCCCCAAGGUCUCCACUGAGAGCUCCACUGCAGCCUCAGGCAGCCAGUCAAAGAAUUCAGCAGCGUCCACACACUUUCAAACCCUAGUGGGAGGCUCCGCACCCGUAUCGGUCAGUGUGACAUCACCAAAGUGUGUCUGGGAGCCCAACAGAUCUCACUCCUCCAGCCCUGACCUGAUCCCUCCCUCUGACCUCAGCCCUGACUCCUUCCUAAACACCUCACACACCCCUCCACCCGGCAGCGCAGACCCCCCAGUCCUGUGUGUCAGUGUGCCUUCUCCACCCCCUCCUCUAGGAGAUACAGGCUCCCCAGUCAGUGAUGACAACCAUGCUGAACUCCUUGAUUCAACCAUUGGUACCAUUGGCCCUGCUCCCACUUCCUCCAGUGUUAACAAAACCACCCCCUUGUCCAGUCUAAUGAUGUCAGACUGUCUAUUGGGUCAGAAUGCCCUUCCUCUCGAUGUCUUCCUCCCUGGACCUAGAUCAAACCUGGAGAAUCUACUGAGCACCCCAACCCUCAGUGCCCCGUUAGCACACCCCAGCCCAGCCCCCUCCUUUACCCCUGUCCUUAACCCAGAGCAACCCAAAUCCCACCUAGCACCCAAACCAGACCCAGAGCAUCCCCCUAAACUCCAAACCCCCAAGCCCACAGAGGAAGACAGGGUUGAAACCCCCAAACCUGCAGCACCAAAGCAUGACCAAGCUCUUGUGCCUGAUACGGACCCCAGAAUGGCACCACCAUCAGAGACCGCAGACACAAGCGAUGCUGAGGCUAGGGAUGAUCCUCAGAAAGCUAUACCCUACACCAGGGAGACAAGUCAGGGGGCGUACCUUGGCUCCCAUGGGAAGGAGGAUGGGAUGGGUGGUGUCUCUGACCAACUGGAAAGCACUGUUCCCAUCAGUUUGGCUCCCACUCUCCCCCCUCCCCUGUCUCGCCCUGAGAAGAAGACAUACAGCUGUGCCGAGUGUGGGAAAGAGUAUGCCAGCCGCAGUGGACUGAAGGGACAUAUGAAGCAUCAUGGAGGGGUUGUCAAGGCAACACGUCCCCCUGUACGGAGCGGUCGCUCGGCCUCUGAGCGACUUCCUGCUAACACACCGACAACGUCCUCCAACCCCCCGGCCACCAGGAGCAAUGUGGGCUUCUGGAACCAGUACCAAGCCUUCCUCAACACCAGCAACGACCCGGCAGACGACCUGGCACAAGGCCUGGCCAGUGGCAGCCAAGGAGAGGAUGGGGAGAUGCCCCGAUUGGCUAAAUCUCCUGUUAGAUCCCAGCUGUUGAAGGAGCCGACGACUGGGAGGGGUUCAGAGGAUGGGUCUGACGAAGGGUCUACUCUAGAGUCAAUGUAAUUGGUGCUCUCAAUGGACAUUCACUGUACCUUUGGGUCAAAUCGUAGGGAAUUUUGUAUUGUAUUGCUUCCAAAUUCAGUUGAGUAGUCUGUCAGUUUGUUGUCUGUGAGUAAAUUGCUUAGUUAAUUUGUGAUAACUGUAAGUUGGCCAUCCUGGCCUUUUCUUUUAAAAGAGGAGAAAGUUGAAGGAUGCAAAAAGACGACAUAACUCCAGGAUUGGGAGAUUGAGGUCAUAAGUCACUGUCAAGACGAUGAGAGUUGGAGCUGAACAGUCUGACUCACUGUUUAUUUGAUAGAUAUAAACUCUAAUAAAGACGUAUUGGAAAAGGAGGCAAGGUAGAGAGGAUGUAAUAUUGUUCUCACAUAAACAAUUCCUUCAUUCAAACAUAAAAGGGAAAAGUAGGUGGAACAGAAUGGGAGGGGUCACUAAACUAAAUGUGUACAGUAGCUUCAACCCUGGCAGUCUAUGGAGAUGCAGUCUCUCAUCCUAAUACUGUACAAAACCUAACCUUUCAUGUCAUCGUGGUUUACUUUUGAACUCUUAAUUACUCCAGACUCUUCCUCCAACUGAUAGACAGAGAAACACAGAGGACUGGGUGUUGUGGUGUGCCAGGUGGAGAAAGAAAGAAAGAGAGACAGUUUCCUGUGUGACCCAUUCCUUUGGAUCUUGUGAAUAAGCUGAUUGUCGUUUGGUCUCACAGUCUGUUGUCUGUAACUCGUUGUCUUUGUUUCAUGUUGUAUCUUUAUAACGAAACAAAACAAAUCAGAGGUCUACGUCUGGUAUUGUUGUGAGUUGUACGUUCAGUGUAUUCCUGAGAGGGAGGAAAAAAAUACAUUAAAAACAACAACUGGGAAACAGA